GCGUCAGCUCACUGUGUACGGAAGUGCUGCAGCAGCAUGUUGAGUGGAGAGAGCUGAAAUGAUCAAACACGUUUUCCUGACAGGACCUCCAGGUAACCCAAAACAAACUCUGUGGACAAAACUGUUAAAGUUGAAGUCUCUUAAAUCAACAACAGUCAGUCAGUCACAGUCAGCGCUUUUGGAGUUAACGCUAUAGAAAUGUCGUCUGUUUAAACUCAGCAGUAAAGUAGGAUAGUGAGGAAAACGUGAAGAUCAAAAUCCUCAUGAUGAAUGUCAGAUCAAAUUUGGCUGCAUCUUAUUUCUGCAAACGCAACAACUUUGAUGAAAAGGAUCGUUUGGAGUAAAUCAAAUAUUUAGUCACAUAUCUGAACAUGCUUCUCUGGGUGGACAGUACAUUUUUCAAGGCUGUGAUGAGGUUUCUGCACAGCAAACAUUUAUAAUGAUACAAAUCAUCAAUUUCAAAAACCUGAGAUCUGCAUUUUCUCUACAUUCAACCAUGGAGACAUGCAACACACAGGCACGGAAACAUCACACACAGAACUACACAAACACAAGUUAUUAUAGGAAUAUUGUGGAGUUAAAGGUGUGAUUGAAUACACAAUUAAAGUAUAAAUAGUCAAAAAACACCCACUUUUUCAAGUGUAUAUACUUUGUUUUUGUCCACCUCUUCAGUCAUGCAAGGAAGGUAAACCAACUUUCUCAAAGAAGACAUUGAUGUUUGCAGAAACCCAAAACUGAAUGUAAUCAAAGUCAGUUUCAGACACAAAUCUCUAUGGAGGACAUUCAUUUAUACUCUCUUUUUGUGCGAAACACAAGAUAUGUUUCUGAAAAGAGGGAAAAGUCACAUUAUAUGUACAGAGGGACUCAUUUAAUCACCUGAUUAAUCAUCAAAAACAUCUUAACUUCUUACAUAAAGGAAGAGAUGUUGAGGAAGAGAUUUGUUAAACCCUAAAAUAAUCACUGUACUGUUGGGGUGAGUUUUUAGUCAGUGCAGUGAUAUCGAUUUAUCUCUGUUCACAUUCUCAGUGUUUCUGCAUGAAUAAACUGUACAAUCAUUUUGCAGUGAGAUCCUGAGAUGCUGCACCCUUAAUAGUAAAUAGGGAAUGUCUGUGUCUUUUGUUUUGCUCACAGGUGUGGGUAAAACCACUCUGGUCCAGAAAGCCUGUGAAGCUCUGGUGUCAUCAGGAGUGGGAGUUGAAGGGUUUUACACAGAGGAGGUCAGAGCGGGGGGCCGGAGAGUGGGCUUUGAUGUGGUCACAGUGACAGGAGAGAGAGGCCAGCUGUCCAGAAUCAGGUAGCAGACACGCAAACGCAGAGACCUGCUCUCUCUGAAACGUGCUGUUUCUAGUAAUCUUCAUUUUAUCUUAACUUGCAGAGAUGUUUCUGGGCCGUCUCACGGCAGACGGGAGUACACAGUGGGACAGUAUGUGGUCGACUUACCUUCAUUUGAAAACCUGGCUCUCCCCCUCUUCAGAAAUGUAAGACCCCAUCACACGCUCUUUACACGCACCUUCAUCAGCACAUCACAGCGAGAGAAACUCCCCACUUUACUCAUCAUCAAACCUUUGAUUUUCCCUGAAUUGAUGGAAUAAUUGGAGGCCUGCAAACACAUAAAUUCCAGAGUGACAUUUUUAGUGUCAGUGGUGCCGUCUGGCUGUCACUGACCGUGAUUAAUCCGGCAUGUAAAGUGAGCCUGGAGUGACGCCUACACGCUCCCUGUGCACUAAGGUGUGUGUGUGUGAGGAGCACAAGGUCCACUUUCAUCUCAGCUGAAGAGUCUCUGUAAUCACCACAGAUCAGCCUGAGUGUGUAACGUGCAAACACUGCAGCAGGGAAAGUGGGAUUCACUCCUCAAACAUGAUGAGGUUUCCCCACCUGUUGGAUAAUCCUCAGGUCCAAUUAUGACAAAACCUCUACAGUAACCAAUACUGAAAAAACUUCUGAUAUAUCAGUCAGCAGAGAUCAUAAACACAGCCUGUUCGUCUGUAUUUCCAUAGCUGCAUGUUCAGAGUUCUCUGCCACUGUAAAGUUAUUGUUUGAGCUGCAGAUGAAGACAGUGGAUGUCUCUGAAAAUCAAAAAUAAAAGGACUGCAACUCGACCCAAUCUCCGAUCUUGAGAAAUGAAGCUGAUGCAGAAGUGCUAAAACUGCAGUUCCUAGAGUGUCCACUUGAGGCUGUCUGCAGAAAUUACAUGCACACUAAUACAAAAAAAGCAAAUUUCUUGAGCAAAAAUAAACAUUUACUGUCUAGUUCAAAAAAUAGUUUUCAGUCUGCAGAGCUUAGGCCUCCCACAGCGCCUACUAAACGAGGUGAUUUAUAAGAAAAAAAGUGUUUGUUUCAAAGUUAUUAAGAUCGGCGAUUUAGAGGCACGUCUGACAUUGACUGACAGGUGGGCACACUGGAGCUGUUGCCUCAGGGAGGAAACAAGGGUCAUCUAUAAUGCAACGCUCAUAAAAAGGAGGGUAAAUGAAGAAGAAACAACCGCCUGCUAGUGAAUUAGCUAAAGCAGCCUACUGAGAGAUAAUUAGUCACUUUUAAAACAGAUGUGAAUCCAAAAACAAUGUUAGAGCUUCAGAUUACUAAAUAACUGAACAUUUAUACUUUCUGACUGUUCUUGUAACUAUUUUCAUUCAGAUAAAUAACUUACGAUCUACUGGAGGUUUGCUAAACUACAUUACGACCAACACAACAUGGAAAAAUAUCAAGGUUAAAAAAAUUAGUGAUUGUUUGAACCCAAAUGUUGAAUUAUUCCCUGGAAAAAUGGGGAAUUUUUCCUGCCUCCUGUGAAGGCAGUAAUCAGUAAUUACAGAUUAACCCUGACCCAACAGUAACCUCUGCCCUGAUUGACUUUUUCAUGGUUUAGGGAAAGCGAGGAUGGAGGUGAAACAAUGUCUAAGAGGCAGAUGGUCCGUGCAAAAAUAACACAUUUUAGAUGGAUCUCAUAUCGACAGUUAACCUGUGUUUUCCAGCCAAAGCUCUCUGGAUGCUCAUGUCUGUUGUCUGCAGGUGGGGUCAGCUGAUGGCGGUGGCAGCAGGAAGGUGUUCAUCAUCGAUGAGAUCGGUAAAAUGGAGCUCUUCAGCCAAUCGUUCAUCAGAGCAGUGAGACAGACUUUAGGCAGCUCCUCCUGCACCAUCCUCGGCACCAUCCCCGUCCCCAAGGGUAAACCUCUGGGCCUGGUGGAGGAGGUGCGGAGCAGGGGCGACGUGAGGGUCUUCACUGUGAGUAUAAAUAAUAACACGCGCUCUCUGGGGAGAAAAAGAGGGUAUUUAGGUCAGUUUGAGUCCAACAAUGGCUCCAGCACAGUGUUUACUGUAGCCUCUUGGUCUUAUGAGGGCAGUCAGUCUGCUCUCCGUCAGAGGGGCCGUGCCCUGCAUUAUCCCUCUCCUAUAGCAGGAUUAACUCUAAAUCAUGCGUGACUGAUUCAACAACAAAGGGUGGUCUCACAUGUCAAAAUAAUUCAUCACGGAAGACUCAGUUAUGGAUAUUGUCAUGCAAAACGCUCCCUCUCUGGGCCGCUUAUGAAAACAAACAAGGUUACAGAGCGGCAGUGAAGAUAUUUCCAGCAGACGUACAGUUGAAGUUGUAGACUCGAUCAGCAGACAGCAGAUCGGAGAUUAGGUGUUUACAACAUGUGGAUUGAUAAUCUGAGAGUGGACACUCUGAGGCUUACAGGUCAACACUGUCCUGUUAUUUAGCUUUGCCACUGACACGCUAUCUGCACACAGAAGAUGUAACUGCACAUCAGAUCACAUAGACGAUGACUGAAAUAGUAAUAGAAUAUGGUUUCAUUCAUUCAGCGUCCUCUACUUUGGCUGUUUUUAUUGUAUUUAUUACCUAGAACUUUCUAUGUCCCUCCAAAAUAAAAGCACAUUUAAUGGGGAAAUGGGGAUAGUUAAAAACUAAAAAUAUUUAUAAACUAUAAAUACUGUAAAAGAGCGCAUAUAUGCACUACCACAACUAGCAUCUGAAAGGGGAGCCUCUUUGUCCCUUCAAAAUAAAAGCACAUUGGUAUCAGACAGUGAAUUAAAAACAAUUUUUAACUGUAAUUUAAGCACGUAGAAAAACCUUUGGUGCCCUUCCAUAAUAAAAGUACUUUGGUAUUAGUGAAACAAAAAAUAACUGUAAUUUAGACAUGUAGAGGAAGAACCUUUGGUGCCCUUCCACAAUAAAAGCACAUUUGGCACCAACAAUGGAAAUAAAGAAACAUUUUGUAUGAGGCAGUAAAUUAGCAGAAUGUACAAACUUAUGGUAACCUUUUGUGUCCCUUCAAAAUAAAAGCACAUUUAAUGGCCAUAGUGAAAAGGAAGAAACUUUUGGUAUGAGGCAAUGGGAUUUAUAAUGUGUAUGAUUCUGUAAGCUAGAGUGAGAAUUUUGGUGUCCCUUCAAAAUAAAAGCAUUUUUUAAUGACCACUUUUGGUCCAAGGCAAAAUAAAAAGCGGGAAAAUUACAGUUUGACGUCUUUACUCCUUCAAAACAAAAUCCCAGCUUUGGAAAUAGUUUGCGCUGUGAGUUGAGGGUUUCAUCACACCCCUCCUGCACACGACAUCCUGCUCACCGUUAUUGAUUCUCGUUUUUUUUUUUCCCCACUCAGGUGUCCAAGGAAAACAGAAAUUCUCUUCUACCUGAAAUUAUAGCAACACUAGAAAGAUGCCUGAAACCAGCAGUCUGAUUCAUCGAUUCGAGGCCACUCAAAGGGAGGAACCGUGCACUUUUCACGGGUGUUUGUGCUGACAUGAAGUUUUUAUCUGUGUCAGUAAGUAUUCAGGCAAAGUGUUGAGUGGAUCCACACACGCUCCAUACUGAGGUUAUGACCCAACCUGAAGGGCAUGCAGAGCGGCUGUGUGUGUGUGUUACCAUGCAUGUAUUUAUGUACAAUAUUCAUUUCUUUCCUUCUCACACAGCCUCAAAAUGGAUUACAUGCUGAAUAAUUGAUUGUGAGAUGGAACCUAACAGGAGAAUUGUUCAGUUAGUGUGUAAAUAACCUGCACUGGGAGAGUCAAACACGUCUUUAACUCAGAUCUGUUUUAUUUGUCACUUUUACAGCUGAUAUUUUAUUUUAAAACGCUCAUUUUUCAGGAACAAUGGGGUCUUUUUUUUUUUCCUUGACCCCGAUUGUUCUCCCACUUAUCUGCUCUGCGGGUCUCUCUUGUGUUUGUCUUGUCAAACUGAGGAUGAGCAAAUCAAUAUUUAACGCUGUAACUAUGUCCAAUCCAUUCAUGGUUUAUUCAUCGACAAGCGUGAACAAGAAAAUGGAAAAAUAAACAGUUACUGUCCUCAACAAUGCC